AUGGACAAGUCGCGUUUUUGUUCCACUGAUAUGUCUGUACAAUGUGUUAGACAAACCGAUAGCGUAGAGUUUACACCUAAAGCUAGACCUCAUAGAAGAUUUCGGCGCUUUAAUAGCGAGGAUAUUUUCAGCGAUAUGCUGAGCAGAAGCUAUGAUCCUGAUCAAUUUAACAACGUUAUCGAUGCAAGGCAUAAAUUUAUUAGUGCAGAAAAUACACCUCAAGGUGCUUCGACUCCAACAGCUCAAGAAACCCACAAUAAAGAGCGUCGAAGAAGUAUGCCGGCGCGUCCCGCUUUACUCAAAGGAUUUAAUUUCGGUGGUUUACAUGAAACGCUAGAAGCAAUUCGUAAUAAAUCCAGCCCACGUCGCCUUUCACAUGACACAACUCCUAUCCAUAUCGGUGAUGCAGAACCAAGUAGAGUAUCAGUAUCUGGGCUUAAAUCACCUGCCUUAGAAGAGUUACCGGAUGGAGUCUUUGACUUUGUGGACGCAAUGCCGUUUUUAAUCGAAGCAACGAGAGAAUUUAAGGAGAAGGUUGUUGCUGCAGUUGAACCACGCUUCGUUAAGAAGAAGGAAAUGAUCAUCAAGAAGGGAGAUCUUGGCAAAGCGAUAUUUUUUGUAGCGCGCGGUUCGGUUGAAGUCAUUUCGGACGAUGGCGAAGUCAUUUACGCAGAAUUAGCGGAGGGUUCCUUUUUCGGAGAGAUUGCAAUUAUGUUCGAUAUGCCGCGUACCUGUUCUGUUCGAGCUAGCACGAACUGCAUAAUACUAGCUAUAACCAGAGAUAAAUUUCGAUCGCUAUUGGAAGAAGAUCCAAAGCUGAAAGAUGUCGUAAUGACUGAAGCAAGAUCAAGAUUACUUAAAUUUAAAAGUCACCUAACUAAAGAGUCAGAGAAUUUUGGUGGAGAGUUUGAAAUUCCCUCAAUCGCUGAAAGUUUAAAAAAUAUACCUUUAUUCGAAAACUGCGACCAAAAAUUCCUGUAUCAAUUAGCUUUGCACAUUAAACCAAGACUUGUCCAGGCCGGAGAAAUUAUAAUAAGUAAAGGUGAAAUCGGUCGAGAGAUGUUUUUUCUAGUGAGAGGAAUGGUAAAGAUUUUAGAUUCUGAAACUGUUGCAUUAGAUGUUCAGGCAUCCGAUAAUAGUAAUGUAGAUAAAAUAUUGGAGGCUGGUGCCUUCUUUGGAGAAGUAGCAUUGCUCUAUAAAGUUCCGCGUACGUCAUCAGUACAAGCUCUUACUUCGUGCGAUCUAUUAAGUGUAUCGAAAGAAUUAUUUGAUACCGUCCUGAUAGAACAUCCAGAACUAGGAGAACAAAUCCAGCAAGCUGUAUGCUUGUAG